AUGACUAGCCCACCAGACCAUCUACAGAUGGUAUCCCUACGGGGAGAAGAAUAUGUAUUCGAGCUCAAGGGCACAAUGCCCGAUGGGCUGAUCGAAGUGUAUCGCCAACUGUACAUGGAUUCGUUCCUGAUGUUCGUACUUCCGGUCGACUCUGAGACCAUUGGGAGCUAUCGAUCAAAGUCUGUAUGGUCAAUUCUCAACUUUUGUAUCGAAGAGAGGCACCAUAGGACCCCAUCCAGCCUCCUUAGCAUGAGGUUUGACAGGACAGUCUGGGACUGGAUGUUCGCGGUGUACCUACCACAGGGUCAAGCCGCGCCAGCAUUCCCAUGGCCAAUGCCCCCAAGGGACCCAGCUGAACCACCUUCGCCUAUUCUCCAAGCAUGGAGGCGGAAGAUCGGACUAUCCUGCGAGGACGAAACCCCAAAGGACAGCUCCUCGACAGAUUCCAUGCUGUCAAAUGCCCUGAGGCUUUCAACGCAGGAGAAAGUCCAGGAGUUCUUGGAGGAAGAACAGUUGACGCAGUGGUAUACCACCCGCGCAACUCUGCCCAAGAAGCCAGCAAACAGAGCAAGUAAUCGCCAAAGACCUCUCACAGACAACACUCUACAGAGUCUCGAUACCACCGCUCUCCAUCUCGAUAUGAGCAUCGGCGUAACCGAUCAAGGUCGCCAUCUCGAUAUGAGUAUCGGCGCAACCGAUCAAGGUCGCCGUCUCGACAUGAGCGUCGGCGCAACCGAUCAAGGUCGCCGUCUCGACAUGAGCAUCGACGUUAUCGAUCAAGGUCGCCGCGCCCACAAGGGAAUCAACGUUGAGGAGCAACACCAUCUCGACGCCGUGAGGAAUCUACCUUUUCAAGGCCAGAGACACGAGAGCGAAGCUCUUCUACUCAUACGGCGACAAGUACCACACUCAUCGGAGGUCAGUCGAUCUAGGCCUGUAGAUCGCAUCGGCAUUUAUAGCCAAACCACAAGUGAUGGCACCUCCAACCUUUAUGCCAUCAACAACAGUUUUGGCGGUGGGGCACAGUCGAACAUCUAUCUCAGAGAUGUGGCCACCAUCGGAAGGGCUCUGCAGAAAGAAUCGAAAAGUGGCAAGGUCAGCGUGCGAAUGAUGCCUGUCCAUGAUCGUCAAAGCAAACAUGACCCAAAAAAGCUACCAUGGGAUUCAGAAGCAUUUGCCAAACAUGAUAGGAAUUCGUAUGAAAUCAUCGAUGACGACACCAUAAUCAAGCCAGACCCUUCAAUGGGAAGGGAUGAGCUUGAUCGUCGUUUCGACUUGGAACCCUUAGAACCACGGCAAGAAGGUCAGGACAUGAACAUGACUGGAUCUACGCCCGGUGGCCUGACCUCCAUAACGGAAGCUCAAGGCAACACCACGGGACCAGGUACGAUCGAGUCGUCUAUUUUAGGCGGCCUGGGUGGCUCUGCGGCAACCAGCUAG